AUUUUCCCAUUUGUCAUUUCAAAAAUAAUCACCCGUUGCUCACUCACAGUCACUUCCCUUUUUCUUUGAUUUUUCCUCCAAAACCACUCAAAUCUCAUUUUCAAAUCCUCUCUCCUCCAUCACUACUUUCUCUCUCUUGAACUGUCAUCUUCCUUCGAUCUGUAAUCCCUAUAAAAUACUAUACUUUCUCUCUCUUCUGUGUCGCCUUCCUCCAUAUUCGCAGAAUUUGAAGCUGUCAACAAGUAUUAUCAGCCAUAAUGCCGUCUUCUGACACUGACUUCGCCAUUUCUCCUUCUCCUUCGUCUUCGGGUUUCGCAAUGAGUGAGACGAAUUUCGCGAAUGAGAGCAAUUUGGACCAUUGUAUUAAAUAUUUGAAUCAGACACUUGUUAUUUUUGGAUUUUCGGCUUCGCUUGAUCUGUUCGCGAAUGAUCCGGUGUCCGUCGCUCGUACCUGUAAUUGUAUUUACUCCUUGUUGCAGCAGAGACAACGUGAUAUUGAGUUUCGUGAAACUGCAAAUGAUCAAAGACAACGCCUUAACUCCGACAUAUCAAGGUUAGAGGCCAAGAUUGAGAGGCUUGACUCACAACUGGAAGCAAAAGAUAGGGAAAUAGCAACCAUUACUCGAAUGGAAGCUAAGAAAACAGCUGCUCUUAAAGGACAAAUUGAGAAGCUGCAGCAGGAGAGGGACGAAUUCCAGAAAAUGGUAAUUGGCAAUCAGCAAGUGAAAACUCAACAAAUGCAUGAGAUGAAGAGAAGAGAAAAAGAGUACAUAAAAUUGCAGGAGAGACUGAACCAAGUUGUGAAUGAGAAGAAGAAGGAAUCCAGAUCAGGCAUGGAGAUAAUGAAUUUGCUGCAGAAAGAAGGGAGGCAGCGUGGUACAUGGAAUGGAAAGAAGACUGACAAUGAUUUCUACAAAAAAAUUGUUGAUGCUUGUGAGGCUAAAAAUCAAGAACUGAUGCAAGAAAACAAUGAUUUGAGGGCCUUGUUGAGAUCAAUGCAGGAGGAUAUGCGCGGUUUUCUGAAUGCUCCAAAUGGUUCCUCAAAGCAACCUUUGACAAACAAUGAAAAACUGGAGAAUGACCUUUCACAAUCUCCUUUUGGUGGAAAAACGGAUGUUUUUGACCUUCCAUUUCACAUGGCCAGGGGUCAAAUUGAGGAAAAUCUUCGGGCAAAGAUGGCUUCAAUCAAGGACCGCUUAUAUCAGCUACAAGAUGCUCAAAAGGGAGCUGAUGUUACUUCUGAAGCUACUGAAAGGGAGCUUGAACUUGAAGCGCAACUCGUGGAGGCAAGAAGCAUAAUUCAAGAACAGGCCUCCAUAAUGUCCAAGCAUCUUGCCAAGUCAGAGAGGCGUAGGGAAUCACUCGUUUCAACCCCAGAGGUAAUUACUAAAUCAUCUAUAACUUUCAACUUAUAAGCAGGAACACUGUACAUAUAUUUCGCAUCACCAAAAGUUUUUAAUUUGCCUCUAGCAGUAAUCAAGGACAUGCAGCUCGAGCCAUAGAGCGAUCUUAUUUCAUAGUUAUGUCCAGAAUUCUUGCAGAACAAAGAAUUAUCAUCUAACAUAACCUUUGGCCAAAGUUGCAAUCGACCUUGUAAGAUAUUAAGUAUAUGCGAAGAGGUGUAUUUGUAGAAAUUGUGUAAGAUAUAUGUGGUUCCUUAAGUAUGGACUUAUUAAGCAAAAAUAGUGAAGUAUUACUAUGGUGAUUAGGAGAAUCGUUUAGUGUAGGUUAACAAGAUGUUAAUGUAAUGGAUGGCCAAAUUGUCCGUUGGCAUUUACUACGUGAUCAGUUUCCAGCGGCCUAGUUAAAUUCUUUUUAAUUGUCAGCAGGUUAAUUUAUAUUGAUCAGUUUGAGCUGAUUAUUAUGUAUUAUCCUUUUGUAUUUAUGCUAAUUGCAAACAAAUGCUAUUUAGAAUGAGAAUAUUUUAGUUUAA